ACUAUCAUUCUUCUCUGCGCCAUCCCACUCUUUUUGCUGCGUGUACCAACCGAUUUCGACUCCGGCCAGCUUGAGUCCCGACGUCUAAGCUCCGGUCGGGCCAAAGCGUUGGUCGGCUCAGCCGAGAGCUCGGACAGUCAGGCUGUGAGGCGGCCCGGCCGACGAGGCAAAUCCAUGAGCAUUUCCUACGACCUGUCGUUCAAGGGACAGAAAUCGACAGAACUUAACGAGUUAAAGCCUUGGGUGGGUGGAGAUAGUGAGGCUCAUUUGCUUAACAACUGCCCUCAGAGAGCCGGUAAAGAGGUCUCCGACGAGUCGUCAUGCGGUACAGUGGCGAGUGGUGAGACUGCAGGCUCAGAAGAGAAGGUGACCCUCAGCAAGAUGGAUUUACCGGCCGUACAUGAGGAGGAAGAUUCUCCCAAUAACGAAAACGAGGAGGAGGAUGAGCUUGAGGAAGACGACGUGCUAAAGGAUCUUCCCCACCUCAGCAGCGAGGAGCGCUCUGAGUUUUACGGCAUAAGUUUUGACCCUCGCAGCAGUAUCGUCCACAUUCUGCCUACUUGGCUCAGCGAGUUACGAGACGCAGAAUUGAAGGUAUGUUUCACGGGGUGA